AUGGAGAAGCAAAUGCAGCAGACCCGAGUCUCCAACAUCGUUCGCGAAGAGUUUCAUCGAACGUACAAAGGUAACGGAUCCCGUGAAGAUCAUAACACUCAGCCUACGUUCGACGGACAAUGGCCACCUUCAGAGCAUUAUCUUGCGGGACUUGCAGCAUACGCAACCAAUCUCGACCCCAGUGUAGAUCUCAGUAAUCCAUCAAUACCAUAUUAUGGUACCCUACGACUCUACAGCCUACAGCAUAUGUGCCAAGAGCUGAGCUGCUUGAGCAGAAAGACUCUGGACGAUGCAAACGCAUCAUGGCAUGAUCUGGAACGGCUGAGAACCCUUCUGCACGACCAAGCGGUUGCAAUGAAAGAUCUCGAGUAUAUCAAUGAACAUCUUCUGGGUGUUUCAGAGCAGGCGUUCAUCAAUACCGCCCAAAAUCUGCGCGACAACAAUCUCUCCGCAGGACAUCACUCAAACGGCUGGCUUUACAGCGCACCCAGUCCUCGCUCCGUCGGAGGCCAGCUCCAGACAAUCUUACAAGGUUACCUUCCCAAAUGGAUUACCUGGUCGUCCGCGGAAAAGAAGCUCCAACCAGCGUACUAUGCGAAGGGGAAAGCUCCAACCAAAGUCUCGACUGCUGUCAGGGUCAUCUCCAGUACAAUUCUGAGCUUGUGCAGUGGGGCCAGCAUUAUUGUUCCGAUGAUAGUGAUGAGUUUCAAUGCCAGCAAGGAGAAGAGUUUGAUUGUUGUGAGUGUUGCUGUGGUAUUGUUUGGCUUCGUGCUUGGAGCGAUUGUGCAGGCUAAGAGUGAGAAUGUGUUCAUUGCAACGGCUACCUAUGCGGCGGUUCUGGUGGUCUUCGUUGGAGUCAGCGGAUCGAAUAAUUGA